AUGUCAUACUCCUACCUAUUCAAAUACAUUAUCAUUGGAGAUACAGGUGUUGGAAAGUCAUGCCUGUUACUUCAAUUCACCGAUAAACGUUUCCAACCUGUUCACGAUUUAACCAUUGGAGUUGAAUUUGGAGCAAGAAUGAUAAAUAUUGAUGGAAAACAAGUCAAAUUGCAAAUAUGGGAUACUGCUGGACAAGAGUCUUUCAGAAGUAUUACUCGUUCAUAUUAUAGAGGCGCUGCUGGAGCUCUCCUUGUUUACGAUAUCACAAGGCGUGAAACAUUCCAUCACUUGACAACAUGGCUUGAAGAUGCUAGAAGACACUCUAACUCUACAAUGACUAUUAUGUUGGUAGGAAAUAAGUGUGAUUUGGAUUCGAGACGUGCCGUCUCUUACGAGGAAGGCAAAAAGUUUGCUCAACAACAUGACUUGAUUUUCUUGGAAACAAGUGCCAAGAAUGAUGAAAAUGUGGAGGAAGCUUUCAACUAUACUGCCAGAAUUAUAAAUGAAAAGAUUGAAAAGGGUAUUAUCGAUGUCACCAAUGAAAUGAAUGGUGUAAAGGUAGGAAAUGCUCCUACUGCAACAACAAAUCUUUUGGAAAAGCCAACAACAUCAGAACCAAAAGGAAAGUGUUGUGGAUAA